GUUUGAGCUGUUUGCCCCACCCCAUCUCUCAAACCUCAAUCCCAACCCGUGAGAAAUGCAAGACAGAAUAGCAAAAUAUUGCACAAAAUCCAGCAGGGAGGCCAUUGCCACAGAUCAAUAAGCCCCCUUUAUCCUUGGGAUUGGGACAUCCCACCCACGAUCCCCCCUUCUGGAAUACUACAAAAAGGGGGGAUCCCCACUUCCCCUUCUAAGGGGGGAGGACAAGUCAUUUGAAGAAAAAAAAAAUCCUACAUCCAGGGGAAAGGGGGAUCCGAGAGAAAAAAAGGAAGAUUUGGGAAUCAAAUGUGAAGAAAACGGAGACAUCUGGAGGAAAAAUAGGAGGACAAAUAAGAGGAAUCUGCAGGAAUAACCACCCUAAUAACCAGGAUUAUUACCCUAUUAACAAGGACGUGCAACCGGGGAUUAAAAGGACUGGACACGGGAUUUCGGGCCUGGAUUCUGUGCCAGCUAUUCCUCCUACGAAUCGGAUGUUUAUUUCCCUUCUCUAAUUAUUAUUUUUAAUUCCUAUUUUUGCAUAGCUGGGGUGCGGUUUUUUUCUUUUUCUUUUAUGCUGCACGAUUAAUAUAAUUCAAACAGAAGAGCUAUCUAAAACAUUAUAUAGCGAAUAUGAUUGUGUUUAUAGCAACAACUGUUUAAGGAGCUUUAAAGCAUACAUUUAAAUAUACCUUUAUUGAUAUAUUUUAAAUCAGAAUUAUGGUGAUAGGGAAAGCUCCACAAUAUCCAUAAAUAUACUUUAUAUUUAUUUUGUACCUUCUUCCUCCCUCAUUGUAAAAAAUUAUAUAUAUAUUUUAAGAGAUAAAGGGGGAGGAAUUAUAAGAGGGCGACCAUUUUAAGACCGGAAAAGGUAGAGAGGGGAGGCACCCAUACAUAUAAAUAAAUAUAUUUAUUGUUACAAUACAAUAUUACUUUAUGGGGGUUAAUGUAAUUUUUAAGGCGAAAUCCCAUGUUUUUGUUUCAUAAGGGAUAGGCCUAUGACCCCCCCCCCAAAAAAAAAUACCAUAUUUAAUUACUUAAUUAUUCCUAAUUAAUUACCCUCUGACUUUAAUCAGCAGCAGUUUUGUGUACUAUAUGUGUAAAAUUCCCCACGGGGUAAGGUAUUUCUGAUACCAUUGAUUUUAUUAUUAUUUUUUCUUGUCCAAUUAAUCCGGAUUCAGUUCCGGCACAAGGGUUAUUUGUAUUUUGAAACCUGCGUGUAAUUCUCUUUUUUUUUUUUUUAAUCACGUUUUUUUCCUCCUCCCGGUGUUUUUUUUUUUUUUUAUUUUAAAUUUUAUGAAAAACAAGGAACAUUGCGGCCUAGUUGUUUGUGUUAAAGCCUCCAUCCUCUGCGGGCUUUCCUGGCCGCGCGAAGGGUUUUGAGUGGAUAGAAUUUGGCAUAUAACUCUGCGGUUAUUACUAUUUUUUUUGGUGUCUGUUUCGGAGCCCGGUUGGUGAGACUCGAUAGCAGCCGAGGGAGGCGUAGAGGAAGAGGGCAGGGCCAGGAGUUAAAAAAGGAGGUCGGCUGGCUGAGAAGGAGGCAACGGGGAGGAGGAGGACGAUGGGGUGCCUGGGGAACAGCAAGACCGAGGACCAGCGGAAUGAGGAGAAGGCCCAGCGGGAGGCUAACAAAAAGAUUGAGAAGCAGCUGCAGAAGGACAAACAGGUGUACCGGGCCACUCACAGGCUGCUUCUUUUGGGUGCUGGUGAGUCAGGAAAAAGCACAAUUGUGAAGCAGAUGAGGAUAUUACAUGUGAAUGGCUUUAAUGCAGAGGAGAAAAAAAUCAAAGUGCAAGAUAUAAAAAAUAACAUUAAGGAAGCUAUAGAGACUAUAGUUGCAGCAAUGAGCUGUUUAUCACCUCCAGUUGAACUAGCAAAUCCAGACAACCAGUUCCGAAUUGACUACGUCUUAAGUUUACCAAGUCAUAAAGAUUUUGACUUCUCACCAGAGUUUUAUGAACACACAAAGACGCUAUGGCAAGAUGAUGGUGUACGAAUCUGCUAUGAGAGAUCGAACGAAUACCAGCUGAUUGACUGCGCACAGUAUUUUCUAGAUAAAAUUGAUGUUGUACAGCAAAAUGACUACACGCCUACUGAUCAGGAUUUAUUACGGUGCAGAGUCCUAACAUCAGGAAUCUUUGAAACAAAGUUCCAAGUUGACAAAGUUAAUUUUCAUAUGUUUGAUGUUGGCGGUCAAAGAGAUGAACGAAGGAAAUGGAUACAGUGCUUUAAUGAUGUCACAGCUAUUAUUUUCGUGGUGGCCAGUAGCAGCUAUAAUAUGGUGAUACGAGAAGAUAAUCUGACCAACAGACUCCAAGAAGCAUUAAACCUAUUCAAGAGCAUCUGGAACAAUAGGUGGCUACGGACCAUUUCUGUAAUUUUAUUUUUAAAUAAACAAGAUCUACUGGCUGAAAAAGUUUUGGCAGGAAAAUCUAAAAUAGAGGACUACUUUCCAGACUUUGCUCGCUACACCACACCAGAGGAUGCAUGUCCAGAAGUAGGGGAAGAUCCUAAAGUCACAAGAGCCAAGUAUUUUAUAAGAGAUGAAUUUCUUAGAAUCAGCACAGCGAGCGGAGAUGGAAGACACUACUGCUACCCCCACUUUACAUGUGCAGUUGAUACAGAAAACAUCCGAAGGGUUUUUAAUGAUUGUCGGGACAUUAUCCAAAGGAUGCACCUGCGUCAGUAUGAACUGUUGUGAUGGAGAGAGCAAUUUACCCCACCCCCUGUGUUCUGGACUCCUAAAUUCCUUAUUUGAAAAUGAUAAAAAUACAAAAAUAUCCCACAAAAUGAAAAUUGUAUUUUUUUUUAAGCAAUGGGAAUCAAUCCACCAUCUAUAGCUGGUAAGACCUGGGUGCUGCUUCAUCAGUGUGCAGCUCUUUUGCUUCUAUUCUUGCUACAGGACAUUUAGCAAGGUUUUUUCCUGCUUCCCCUCACCUGACUGCCCAAAACUCAUGGGUCAGCAUGAAUUCUAGUCUUCUGUGGAUUCUCCUAUACACUGUGUACCAACCGCAAACGGUGUGCAAAUCCGAAAACCAAGCUUGAGGAGGAUCACAAGGGUUUUACUACAAUACACCCACUGCAUUGAAGCUAUACUUUCUCAAGGGGUGUGGGGAUGGAGGCAAUUUAUAAACUGUCCUUUUUUUUGUUUUGUUUUGUUUUUUUAAAACAAAAACAUUUAAGAACAACGUGGGUGAGAUUAUAUCUUCUAACCAUAAUAUCAACUUUGUCUCCAUUCACUGCAUUUGAUGAACAUUUUCAGACAUUGCUGACCACGUACAGAAAAGGACAAUUGACUUUUGACUGUAAUAUGGUUUGAUAUAAGGGGCUCUGGUGCUCCCUGGAAUAGCUGGGUAGCUUCAGUGGCAGAUUGCUGCCUUCCACAAGGGUGCCAUUUUUUUAACCAUAAAUAAAUACUUAGAUAUGCCUUUCAACAUAUCAAUGUAUUUAUUUCUAGAAAAAAAAAAAUAAUAAUAAUCUUGGACUUUUGCGUUUAAUCUGGUCGCUGAGUAAAGCAACUUUUUUUUUUUUUUCUUCACUUUGUCUUGACAACCUUUUGUGACCUUCAAUCAUCAUAAGCAUAUAAAGAUAGGCAUCUAAUCACCAACUUGAUCACUCCCCUUUCUUCUGUACAACACCCUUCACUUUUUUUUGGUUUUUAUUUUACCGCUGGAUUAUUAUUCUUGUACAGACUGUAAAAUGUAUUAUUUUGUACAACUUUAUUGAAAAAAAAAUACUUGUAGAAGA